AUGGCUAUCUGGGAUACAUUAACGGGACGCAAAGCCAAGGAGGCCGCACCACAACCGCCACCAAGUAACGACUUUGUAAAAGAAGAUACUUUCCAGCCCACACCAUUCGACCCCAGCACCGCCAUCCAAAACCCCUCCGAGUUCAUCCUCGACCCCACACAAUUGCACCCUCUUGCGGGCCUCAACCAACAGACGCUCGAAUACCUCUCACUCGAAGACCAGCUCCCAUCCGAUCUUCCUGGCUCGCAAUCUGCCUUGCCCUCGCGUGGCUGGUCAGACGACCUAUGUUAUGGCACCGGAGUUUCGUACCUCACGGCACUGACAAUUGGUGGCGCAUGGGGACUUGCAGAGGGACUACAGAAGAACCCGCCCAGCAUGCCACCACGGUUGCGGCUCAACGGUGUGCUCAAUGCGAUAACGCGGAGAGGGCCGUUUUUGGGAAACAGUGCAGGCGUGAUCGCCAUGGUGUACAAUGGAAUAAACAGCACCAUUGGCUACUACAGAGGAAAGCACGAGAUGAGCAACAGUAUAGUCGCCGGCGCCUUAAGCGGUGCCAUUUUCAAGAGCACAAGAGGGACGAGGCAAAUGGCCAUUAGUUCGGGUAUUUGCGCCACAGUCGCAGGAUCCUGGGCGAUAACACGCAAGGUCUUUUUUGAGCCUGAUCAAAAAUCCGAGUAA